GUAAAAUAGUAAUAAACAGUUAAGAAUUUUUUUUUGCUGUUGUAUUUGAUGGAAAACGUGUUUUAAAGACGAUUUUUCGAUUUAUCAUUUUGAAUGAUAAAUUUUAUUUGAAUGUGGUGAUGAAUGUGGUGAUAAAUGUUGUGAUGAAUGUUGUGUUGAAUGUGGUGCCAAUUUCACGGUAGUCCUUUCGUUGGACGUCCUUUGGUGUGUUUCACUCUUCCUCGCAGAAUAGGAAAAUGUCGGUGGUGAAGAACCUAGGAAAAAACAAAGACCAGAUUGAAAUCACGUUAGAAGAUCAGAAGCAAAUCAACACGUUUGCCAAACGAAAUACUACGUUGGAUGAACUGAAGGAAGAAAUGCGAAAGACGAAGGAAUCUCUUCAAAAUAUGGAGGAUGCUUCUGAUGAACUACUAAUGAUUGACGAACCAGUAGUUUCAUAUAAAGUUGGUGAAGUUUUCUUUCAAAUGAAUUGUAAUGAAGUUGAAGAACACUUGGAAGAGACAAAGAGUGCUCUUCAAGAGGAAAUAAGAAGUUUGGAGGAACAGAUAUCAGACAAUCAAGGAUUGGUGUCAUCCUUGAAGGCAAAACUUUAUGGAAAAUUUGGCAAUAAUAUUAAUUUGGAGGCAGACGAAUAGUAAUUAUAUAAAUAUUUAAUACAUAAUUUCUUUCAAGGAAUUAUGCAUCUAAGAAAUGAAAAUGUCUAUAUAAAAACUUCGCUAAAGUAAAUAUUUAACUAAAGUACAACAAAACCUAAAGAAAGUAUGCCUAAGAAAGUAAUGUUUCAAAUGUCAA